AAACAGGCACUACCUAUGACGUGUUGAUUUUGGAUCAAAUCCAAAUUAAUUAAUUAAAACACACAACACGAAGCUGGAGGAGCCUUUUCUUCUUCUUCUUCGCCUCUACGUUGAGAGCCAAAGCCAAGCCCAAAGCCAAUUCUCUUUGCGUAAUUUUCUCCAGAACCAAUCGGAGUCAGGGGGGGAUCAUGGAUCGACCAAUGAAGAGCCGUCUCUUCCUUACGGAAAAGCCAUGGUUCCAGGUCGCGGUUUUCGGCGGCCUCAUCGGUGGCGUGCUGCUCAUUGCCGGAUUAUUCCGGGCCGCCGACAAUCCCAUCACCUGUAGGAUGCAGCGGCCGGUGGAGGAGGAUCGGUACCCCGCGGCGCCGCUGCAGCUGCGAGCCAUUCUCCACUACGCCACAUCCCACGUCGUCCCUCAGCAGUCCCUGGCCGAGAUCAGCAUCUCCUUCGACGUCCUCCGAUCUCUGUCGCCCUGCAACUUCCUCGUUUUCGGCCUCGGCCACGACUCCCUGAUGUGGGCCUCGCUCAACCCCGGCGGCACCACCUUAUUCCUGGAAGAGGAUCCCAAAUGGGUCCAAACCGUACUCAAGGGCUCGCCCGACCUCCAGGCGUAUUACGUCAAGUACCGGACCCAGCUCUCCGAGGCGGAUCACCUCCUCUCCACGUACAAGUCGGAGCUGGAGUGCUUCAAAUGGUAUCUGAAAGGGAACGAGAAAUGCAAGCUGGCGCUGAAUAAUUUGCCGAACGUGGUGUACGAGAAGGAGUGGGACUUGAUCAUGGUGGACGCGCCGAGAGGGUACUUCGCGGAGGCGCCGGGGAGGAUGGCGGCGAUAUACUCGGCAGCGGUGAUGGGGCGGAACAGGAAGCGAUGGGGAAUGACGCACGUGUUCCUGCACGACGUGGACCGAAAGGUGGAGAAGAGAUUCGCGGAGGAGUUUCUGUGUAAGAAGCAUUUGGUGAAGGGCGUUGGGAGGCUCUGGCAUUUCGAGAUACCGCCGUCCGGUAACGACACCGACGGGAGGGAUGCAUCCCGGUUUUGCUAAGCCGGAGGCGGCCGUGUGUUCCGGGCGGUUCGAGCCAGAACCAAUACUAAUCUUGACCGAUCUUCAUUCGUCUACAGACCAUAUUUGCUUUUCCGAUCGAUUCUGACUUUGAAUUUUUCCAAGUUGAGGGGAGGGGGCGGUGCUCGUUCCUACACGAGUCCGAGUCUCGUCGGAUUGAUUAGUAGAUGAUUUUUUUAUUUUUUAUUUUAUUUUCUCUAUAUUUAAUUUAAUAGGGGCCGGCGGGUAUAAUGAUUAAUGAUCUCUGGAUCAUCAUGCUGCUGCUGCAGCUGCAGCUGCUGAGUUUAUUUAAUUAUUAUUUAUUUAUAUACAAGCUGAAUUUUACGA